AUGGUUCUCACACGAGCCGGCGCUAAGAAAGCGGCGUCACGUUCGCCAACUUCACGCAGCAUCCGAAGAAAGUCGUCGCCUGGAAGAGACUCUGCGCCGGCACCAAUGCCUUCUGACAGUCGUGCGGGACGGAGAAGAGCUGCUGUAACGCCGUCCAAGAACGCUAAAGCAGCAGGAAGACCUCGGAAAGCGACCAGGAGUUCUAGUGAUGGACCACGUAGGCCAGGAAGAUACGCUGCCCCGCCAGGCAAAUACUUGCAGUACACGAGAACUCCAAGCCAGCAAUUGCAGGACGAGCUUCAACAGUCCAUGAGAGACCAACAGAGUCCAAGUCAGCAGCGUCGAAUUGAAACACAAGAGGGUACAAAGCCGAGGGCAGUCAAUCGCGCCUCGUCUCGAUCGAGAUUUCCGGAAGUUCCACACCAAGGGACGCCGCAGAGAAUUCAUGAUCCUUCAAAGCCUCCUACUAGUCCCGUUACCUGGAUGCCACAGAGGACUCAUACGCCCAUGAGGUCGCGUUCUCCUGGUUCCCAGCUCAGGCAUGAUCGUUCUGCUUCACAACCACUGGCUCAGGGCCUUUCACCCGCUGGCAGUAGGGUGGGCUCUUCUCGUCCUCACUACAGAGCUGGGAGCGAGAGUUCCCCAGCUCACCGGGGUAGUUCGCCACGGUCAUCCCGUCAUACACCCAUAGGAAGCGUCCGCGGAGAUAGUCUCACUCCGACCGAGUACGAGGAACUCCUGAAGGACCAGCGGCAGCAACUUGGGGAAGAAAGGGACCGAAAUGCGGAACUCGGUGAUGAACUUGCCGAUUGUCGUGCACACGGAGCAGGCCUGCAAGCACGACUUGAUGAGCUAGAACAACAGUACGCAGAGGAAAAGGACCAGGAUGAGGAACUACUGCGCAGCAUGCGAGCCACAGGAAACAAGGACCGUGGUUCCCCUGACGACCGUUUCCCAGACGAUGGCCAGUCAAGCAAUUAUCCAGAUGAUGGCGUGCGAUCGAUUGAGGGAUCUCCGGGUGUGACCGGGCCCCGUGACCGCAUAGCAAAGCUAGAGAAGGAGCUUGAAGACUGCCACGAGCAUGGAGAGGAUCUGAAGGCGUUGCUGGAGCAAAGAGACGCGGACUUGGAAGAGGCCAAGAAGUUGAAGUCGGAGCAUGACCGUCUGAAGGAGAAGGUCGAGGUUCUGGAGCAGCAAAAUGAGAUUCUAAGCCUCGAGAAAGACGAGCUGCAAGAGAAGCUGGACGAAUCUGAUCCUCAGCUGGAAGAUCUACCAGACGAAAAUCUCCAGUUAUCUAUCGAAAUGGAUCGGAUGCGUGAGGAUCUAGAUCUCGCGCGCAACAACAACGCUGAAGCCGAACCUCUGGAGGAGAAGGACACUGAGAUUGCGGAACUCAAGGAGACCAUUCGUAAGAAGGAAGACGAAAUUGACGAUCUCCAGGAGCAACUUGGAGUCCAAAUCUCACUUGGAGGGGGCUCUACUGUAUCGAGAGCGAACGGUGAUUACACGUCAGAAGAGAAUGAACGUCUACAAGACCGGCUGGACGAACAGCAGCAUAUUGUCAAUCGGCUUGAGUCUGAGCUUGAGCUGUAUCGCGGUCGAACCAGUGACGCCGAGGCGAAUGCGGGUCUCGAGAAUACUAUUCGCGACCUCGAAUUCCAGCUUCAAGAGUGCAGAGAUCACGGUGAAAAACUCGAGGAUCAAGUGGGCGACCUGGAUUAUGACUUGAAAGACGCGAAAAAUGAAAUCUCGAGACUCCAGAGGCAGCUUCGCCAUGUUGAAGGUGGAGAGCAGUCGGUUGAUGAUGAAGAGGAUACCGCAGGUUUAGAUGAUGAAGGGAAUGGUGAACUGAAUGGGGGAGAGGAUACUAGUGGUGGUCGAGACGCUGCUUACGGUGGAGAGGACGGAGAAGCAAUGGAAGAGGAUCAAGGAGAGGAUCCGGAUGGGGAGGACGGAGAUCAAUACCAAAACGACAACAACGGAAGUGAAGAAGACUUGGGCGAUGCGAUCAACGUCACACCAGGAGGAGCCUCUCCUGGAGAAGAGGACGAGUCCGUUGACGAGCCUCCUGCGCGAACGCCCGAGGCCAAAAAGAGAUUGAGGCCCACAACACGGCAGAGUAAACAUGAUUAUUCCGAAGUGAAGAGAAGGAAGACGGGAGGUACAUCUGGGAACAAGUAG